AUGACGCUCCUAUCCCAGGAAGACGUGUCGAAAUUCGAUGUCAUUGUUUUGACUGAGACUUGGACGACCACGCAGACCAACAUUAAGGGCUUCUACGCCGUCGAAUGCCUCGCGGUCAAAGCUGGAGGCCGCGGCAGACCAAGUGGCGGCGUUGCUGUCCUGUAUAGUAAUCAACUCGGAAACGUCAGGAUAGUGUCCACCUCGGACAAUUGCGUGAUCCUCGCCGCGGAGAGCAUCAAUAUCAUUGCAAUGUACUCUAGUCCAGCGGAGGAGCCGAGAGUCUUCUUAGAAAAGGUCACAACGUCCAUUGACUCCGUCAAUCUCACCAAACCGACUCUGGUCUGCGGUGAUUUCAACUGCCCAGUCGAUAAGCCUUCAACCCGCAAGACGAAGCUUCUGUUCCGAACUAUGGAACUACGUGGGCUCUGGAUGCCAACUGAGAGUCUCGAACACACUUUCAUCGGCCCCCGAGGGCGAGAUGGACUCAGUCGGGAACUGGACUUGUCACGUCUUCUGCUACUCGCCUCGCCUCUCCUCUAUAAUCCGCAAGAUAUCUCGGUUGAAGAGUUCAACUCGGCGAUCGUCGACAGCAUAAGACAGGGCAUACUCAGGAAAAACCCGAGGCGGGAGGGUUCGUGGUUUACUCCGGCCUGCCGUCUCGCGAGAUCGUACAUGAUGCAGGCAUACAUUCUGUCCAGAAUCCAGCCUUAUAUGACAUCGAAUUACACGAGAAUGAGGCGAGCUUACCGCCGAGUGAUCCGAGACGCUAAGGCGGCCCAUUCCGAAAGGGUCGAGGCCAUUCUGCUCCGUGAGGCUGCCCGCCAUCCAUACAGGUGGCUCCGAUCUGAGGCUCGUGUGACGGCGUGCCCAGUGCCCUCCGCUGCACUCCGGGAACACUUCAGGAAGAUGUUCACUGGAGCGAACUCGAUCCCAGAUCAGACUCCGCUCUACCCAUCUGUGUGGUCUGCGACGACAUCACUAUCGAGGACGAUCCUCGGGCAACGCUUUUCGGUUGACGAGGUGGCAGGCGCGAUUAUGGUCUCCCCCCUGAGAAAGGCGACUGGCCCCGAUCUAAUUCGAAACGAGCACCUGCGCCAGGCCCUCGUAUUGAGCCUAGUCAUCACUGCCAUGUUCAACAAGAUCUUGGAAACAGCUGAGCUUCCGCGAUCUUGGAGCGAGCGCCUCCUGAGGGUCAUCCCAAAAGGCAAGGGUGACCCCCUGGCACCGUCCUCAUACCGCGGUAUAGCCAAGAAGAAUGUUAUUUACAAGCUCUUAUCCGGGAUCCUCGCCCGACGCCUCGAGGUCUUUUUGGAGAGCGAGAGCUUCCUUUCCCCUGAGCAACACGGUUUCAGAAGAGAAAUGUCUACUUAUACGGCGGCCUCUGUGCUUCUCAACAGGGAAGAUCUCGUCUUACUCGAAGACGGUGUUGUCGACGCGAACCAAUCCGGCAAACGACUGGGGUUGCCCAAGGAGACUGCCUCAGCCUCCUCCUCUUCUCGACAUUGGUGA